AUGGCUGAAAUGGGAAUCAAAAACUCCGAGCUCCCACUUCCAUCCCCAGCAUUAACAAAUAAUGUUCCAGAAAAUACCCUCGAACACGAAGAAUGGAAGCAUCGCCCACCAUAUCACAUACAAGGAGAAGAAGAAUUCGGUCCAGUGAAAUGGGAAGGAUCAUGCCAAUGUGGAAAGAUCACAUAUGCCUUGAAACGCGAGCGUCCUCUAAAUUCCAAGUUCUGCCACUGUCGAGGAUGUCAAGUCCUGCAUGGUGCACCGUUCCAAUGGGCAUCCAUCUUCCAUAAAAAUGAUAUCUCUUUCGCCAGGGGCUCCAGUGGUCUUGCCUUCUUUUCGUCCGCACACAACUCCACGAAAUAUGAGAUGCCCACUAAGGUGUCGUGUGACUUUUGUCAUACUUUGAUCAUGGAUGAGGGGCGUAAUGUGUGUUUGUUGUUUCCACAGUUGAUUCGGUUUAAAGGCUCGAGGGAUGAGCAAAGGAAACAGUUAGAGGCGUUUAAACCUUCAUGUCAUAUCUUUUAUGAACAGCGCAUGUUCGAUGUUACAGAUGGAACCCCGAAAUGGUCCGGGAUGAAUGAUUCUAGUCAGUUACUUGAUGAUUUGGGCCAACCUGUUAAACAAUAA